AUGGAUCGUCUUCCUCCUUCGCACCUGGCUCGUGUUAGCAAUGAUCAAAGACUGCAGCAAUCCAAUGUCGAUGAGGAGGUCAAGAACACUAACAACAGUAGCAACGAGGGGAGUAGCAGCGGCGGCGGAGAGGCCGGAGUGCAGAGCCAGAGGAAGCGCGGCCGGCCGCCGGGAUCCAGGAACAAGCCUAAACCGCCUGUGGUCAUCACGCGCGACAGCGCCCACGCGGUGCGUGCGCACGUGAUGGAGGUGGCCGCCGGCCACGACAUCGUCGAGAGCGUCGCCGAAUUUGCGCGGCGCCGUCAGGUCGGCGUCAGCUUGAUCAGCGGCCGUGGGACCGUCUCCGACGUGACCGUCAGCGGGCCGGCCGGCGUCGUGAUGCCGCUGCGUGGCCGGUUCGACAUCGUCUCGCUCUCGGGGUUGGUCCUGCCGUCGUCGUCUCUGCCCGCGGCGUCAUGGCUGACGGUGUACUUGGGCAGCGUGCAAGGGCAGCUGGUGGGCGGGAGCGUGGUGGGGCCGAUGGUGGCGGCGACGCCGGUGAUGAUCAUGGCCUCCUCGUUCGGGAACGCCGCCUACGAGAGGCUGCCUCUGAUGCCGGAGGAGCCGCCUGAUCAAGACAUCCGCCCGUUGCAGGGUCCGUCGCCGGCGCUUCCUCCGGUGCCGCAACAAUUGGUAGGCGGCGCGAACAACCCCCCGCCGUUUCAUGGGCACCUGCCGCAGCUGCUGAGUCUGAUCAACAACACCAACACCACCACCACCACCACCACCAAUCAGAACAUCCUACCGUCGCCGGCCGACGACGAGUUCCGAUCUUGGGGAAAAGCACAGAAUCACUAA